AAUAAAUAUUGCUGCUAAGAAUAGUUCAGUAUUGUUAAAUCAUAGUUUGUUUCUUGUAUUUAUCAGUUGUCGCUGUCUCUGCUCCGAUUGGCUGGAUCCCUUCAAUGAUUCUUCCGGCUUCAAAUUUCUCCAACGUCAACUCUCCAAAACACUCAGACCACACACCAAAGAACAACAAACGCCAAUCAACAACAAUUCUACCCCCAAUUCCUCAGUACAGCUACAUUUAAUCGAUCGGGGAUUGGGAAAUAUCCUCACCCGCUCCCCAAAAGCCAAUUGUCCCGGCUGUGUUUCCACUUCCCCGUUCGUUCGCACCGACGAGCAAUCUUCCAUCCAUCCACUCGCCGCCUCCCCUCCCCGCUCUCCCACCUCACCUCCAUAACCCCAUAAACCCCAAUAAAAACCAUGGCAGGCGGCCAUAUGAAAUACCGGCAUUUAAGCCGUGACUCAGCCCACCGCAAAGCCCUCCUACGAAACCUCGUCACAUCGCUCUUCGAGCACGAGGCCAUCACGACGACAUGGCCCAAGGCCAAAGAGGCACAACGCAUGGCGGAAAAGCUGAUCACGUUGAGCAAGAAGAAUACGGAGACGAGUCGGCAGAAGGCGCAGGCGGUGUUUUUCAAACCCGAGCUCAUUACAAAACUCUUCGGCCCCAUCCGGGAACGCUACCUAAACAGGCCGGGUGGCUGCACCCGCGUCCUCCGCAUCGAGCCCACCAAGCCCGACCAAGCCCCCUCCGCCAUCCUCGAACUAGUCGACGGACCCAGGGACAUGCGAUUUGCCAUGACGGCGCGGACGCUAGCCCGCAAGCGCGCGGAGGGCGAUGAGAGCAUGAAUGAGAUUACGGCGUUGAAUAUAUUGAAGGUUACGAGGUUUAGGCCGGAUGGGGAACGGGCGUUGGAGAAGGAGGUUGAGAGGGUUGAGAGGGAGCUGGCGAAGAAGAAGAGGGAGGCCGGGGGGGAGGUUGAUUAGUGGGUUUUAUUAUUUUUUUGUCUGUUAGGUUUUUGCUUUUCUUGUCGAUGGUUUGGGCAUUUGUUUUUGGUACUUUUUUACUUUUUCUUGAUUUUUAAUAGUUGCAUGUUAUGGCAAUCUCUUCCAGUUUUGUAUGGGUGAGGCUAGAGAAGGUGUUUUGUCUCUUCUUCUUGUUUUUUCCAUGCUUGCUUUGCUGUUUGACUCUCCCAUUUUUUUUUUUAGAAAACUGACUGUUCCACGUAUGUAUAAAAUUGCCCUUGUUUCGCUCGGGUGGUGUCGUUUUUUAUAUGUCGACUGCAUUUUAACUAUGAGAUGAGAUACAUGCCGUAUGUAUGUAACUACCACUGUACAUUAUUUUGGGAGGGAAAGAAUAAAUAAAUAUCACAUUUUUAUUUCAGAUUAA